UUUGCAUUAGAAAAUGCAUUCAUCACAGGCUCUUAGACUUCUGUUAAAUAUUAAAUUAUCAUCAUCCAGCGUUCUUCAUGGCUUUAUGCAAGAUUUUUCCUUUAGCCUUUAUCCUCAUUUGUUGUUCUUUUUAUCUGAUAUCAGGCCAACGACAGUUUGAUUACCCAACUGCAAAUCUUUCUACAACUUGGGUCAACAGUGUUUCUGCAAACCAUUCAGUGGAUUUCACUGAUGGCUCAAAAGUAAGGGCUAUACUACUCAAAGGAACUUUAGGUCCAAGAUAUGCUUGUGGUUUCUACUGUAAUGGCAAUUGUGAGAAUUACCUUUUUGCCAUCUUCAUUGUGCAAACCAACAGUGCCUCCUUUAUUACUCAACCUGCGAUUGGAUUCCCACAAGUUGUUUGGUCUGCUAACAGGAACAAUCCAGUUAAGAUCAAUUCUAUGUUGCAACUUACAGCAGAAGGAGACUUGGUGCUCAGAGAUGCUGAUGGUACUUUGGUUUGGUCAACAAACACUGCUGGGAAAUCGGUUGCUGGCUUAAGCUUGACCGAUGAGGGGAAUCUCGUUCUGUUUGAUUCCAAGAACGAAACUGUUUGGCAAUCUUUCGAUCACCCAACCGAUGCUUUGGUUCCAGGGCAGAAAUUAGUAUCUGGAAUGAAGCUAACAGCAAGUGUUUCAAGAACAAACUGGACUGAUGGAGGUUUGUUCGCCUUCUCUGCUACUGAUGAAGGUUUGGUUGCUUUCGUAGAGUCAAAUCCUCCCCAAAGAUACUUUUCAAGUUCUGUUGGUGGAUUGAGUCCCAGUGGAGGAUCCAAUUAUGUUAUGUAUUUGAAUGGAAGCUUAACAUUUUUUGCUGAUUCCAUCGAUCCGUUGAUUCUGGUUUCUAUUAGUCCAGCAUCCUCUGCUCAAUAUAUGAAACUCGAGUCCAAUGGACACUUGAAAGUGUACGAGUGGCGAAGUCAGUGGAAUGAGGUGGGUGAUCUCCUGACAGGUUUUCAUGGCGGGUGCAAUUACCCCACGGUCUGUGGAAGAUACGGCAUUUGCACAAUGGGACAGUGUAGUUGUCCCACGAGCUCGAAUUCAACUACCUAUUUCAGACCGAUAAAUGUUAGGCGGCCUGAUCUUGGUUGCUCUGAGGUGACAAAGCUGACUUGUAAUGAUUCAAAUACCCAGAGACUUUUGGAAGUUGAAGAUGUGGACUAUUUUACGUUUACUUCAGAUAUUAGAGACACAGAUGUCAAUACCUGUAAAGAUGAAUGUUUGAAGAACUGUUCAUGCAAAGCUGCGUUCUUUCGUAGUGCUUUAAAUUCUUCCAGGGCCACCGCCAGAGGGGAGUGCUACUUACCAACCGAGAUCUUUUCACUGAUGAAUAAUGAGAAGGACAAAACAAGGUACGAGUCCGUUGCGUUUAUAAAAGUACAGGUUGAAGCUGAACCAACUGCUGCUAAAGGGAAAAAGGCAUUGUAUGGAAAAAAAUUAGCCAGUGGGAGGAAAUGGACGGAAAAUUAAAAGUUUAUGCGUGGGAUCCGGAAUAAGAGCAUGAGAGACAUGAAAUGUGUGAAGGUGGAAUUAAAUAAAUAAAUAAUGGUUGGAUAAGCUUAGGCUAUUGUGUUAAGAGUUCUCAGUUACUGUUUCAUUUCCUAUUUUCUAUCAUUAUCUGUAAUUUCAAUUCCGCUGACUAUAAAUAGAGACGAUCUAUUUUCCUCAA